CAUUUGGUUUUCUGGUCUCCUUAACAAAGUCAUCUUGCACACAAGACUGUGCCUUGGAGUUUCUUAUUUCUUUUAAUAAAAAACCAGAAGAGUGCAAAGAGAUGAAUCCAAUGAAAGUUUGCUCUGUAAGGCUGAAUGACGGACACCUCAUGCCUAUGCUGGGACUUGGCACUUCUGCUCCUAGUAAGGUCCCGAAGAGUGAGGUAGAAGAGGCCGUCAAGACAGCAAUUGACAUAGGCUACCGCCAUAUUGACUCGGCUUAUCUGUAUCAAAACGAGGAAGAGAUCGGGAGGGCCAUCUGGAAGAAGAUUGCUGACAGCACCGUGAAGAGAGAGGACAUAUUCUACACUACGAAGGUGUGGGGAACCUUCUUCCGCCCAGAAUUGGUUCGAACCAGCCUGGACACAUCGCUGAGGAAGCUUGGGUUGAGCUAUGUGAAUCUUUAUCUCAUUCAUUUCCCAGUAGCUUUGAAGCCUGGGGAGGAAUUUAUCCCAAAGGACAAAGAUGGAGAAGUCAUUUUUGACACAGUAGAUCUCUGUGCCACAUGGGAGGCCAUGGAGAAGUGUAAGGAUUUAGGGCUGACCAAGUCCAUCGGCGUGUCCAACUUCAACUGCAGGCAUCUGGAGAGGAUCCUGAACAAGCCAGGGCUCAAGUACAAGCCAGUCUGUAACCAGGUGGAGUGUCACCCUUACCUCAACCAGAGCAAACUCCUGGAGUUCUGCAAGUCCAAGGACAUCAUCCUGACUGCAUACGCUGCCUUAGGGACUGACUUUAGGAAGGAGUGGGUGAACAAGAACUGCCCCAUUCUCCUCAAGGAUCCGGUGCUCAACACCAUCGCCGCAAAGCAUGGGCGCACCCCCGCCCAGGUGGCCUUGCGUUUCCAGCUGCAGCGGGGCCUGGUGGCCUUGGUCAAGAGCUUCAACGAGAAGAGAAUUCGGGAGAACUACCAGGUUUUUGAUUUCCAGUUGACACCAGAGGACAUGGAAAGUCUGGACGGCCUAAACAAAAACAUUCGUUAUUUUCCAGAUGAAUUUGUUAAUCAUCCAGAUUAUCCAUUCUUUGAUGAGAAUUGACAGCGGUGUCUGGUUGCCCUCGAGUUCUUGGACUCUGGUUGAUGAUGGGCAAACAGCUCACGGAUGAGACGGUAUCUAGUUUAUCCUACGUUGCUUAGCCUGACAGGCUGAAAUGUGGCUUGAGUCCCUGGAUCUGGAAAUAAAAGUCUCUAAACCCUGUC